AUGGUAGAUGCAACUCCUGCUAAGCGCUCGACAUUUUGGGAGCGUGACGAUUGGUUCGCCUAUCGUCAGUAUAAUUUGACCGGGGCAGAUGACUUAAGGGCAAUGGAAGAGGAUGACUUACAGAUUGUGAAAGUUAGAUGUUCACACAGAGAAUAUAUCCAGCGUCAGAUUAACUACCAAACAGAACUGGAAAUAGACGAUCCCCUGGCAGUAGUUGACAUUGAUGAGUUGGUGGAGAGGUACAGAAAAUGGUACAAACUACUUCCAAGGGUUGAGCUCUUCUACGCUUUAAAAUGCAACAAUGAUAAGAAGAUCGUUGAUACUCUCGUCAAGCUGGGGAGCAGUUUUGACUGUGCAAGCAAGGGCGAGAUUAAACAGAUUUUGGACUGUGGAGUUGAUCCCUCUCGCAUCAUCUAUGCCAAUCCGUGCAAACAAAACUCGCAUGUAUCUUACGCCCUGAAACACAAUGUGGAUUUGAUGACAUUUGACAGCGAAAAGGAACUUACCAAAACCAUGACGAUAUGUAAAUCAGCAAGGUUGUUGCUACGAUUCCGGCCAAAACACACGUGUAAAGUAGUCUAUGACUUGGGAAUGAAGUUUGGUUGUGCCCUCGAAGAAGCUUCGGAUCUAUUUUUAUCGGCAAAGAAAAAGGGAUUGAAUAUCGUUGGUGUGAGUUUCCAUGUUGGAAGUAAUUGUCUCAGUUCCGAUGCAUUUUCGUCAUCAAUCAAAGAAGCAAGGAUGAUAUUUGAUAUCGGGCUCCAGGUCGGUUUUGCUAUGGAGAUCCUUGAUAUAGGAGGUGGUUUUAGGGGCAGAGAUAUUGAUCACCCGACUAUAGAAGAGAAUGCAGCCGUUAUCAACCAGAGCCUGGAUGAGUACUUCCCUGAAAGAGACGGAGUAAAAGUCAUCGCUGAACCAGGACGGUACCUCGUGGAAACUGCUGUCAGUACUGGAGUGAAUAUAAUUGGACAAAAGUUUGUCUAUAACAAUGGUACGUUUAGGAUAUACAUAUCAAAUGUACGUUUCAAUGAUGGGUUGAACAUAAAGUAA